CAUCAAACUCCAUUUUCUAUCUAUUUAUAUGGCGAUAAUAAGUAAGAUAAACUUCAAAGUUGUUCCAGUUGGUAUGAAUUAGGGAAAGAGGAAACGACCAUGAUCAUGAGCAAGAUUUCGAAGAGAAAUAUAUUAUCAGGAAAACAAAAGAAAAAAGACAACGAGAGUAGGAAGAAAAACCGACUAUUGAUUACUGUUAAUGUGCUGGGGAGUCCAGGGCCAUUGAGGUUGUUGGUGAACCAAGAUGACACAGUUUCAACUGUUAUCGACUUAUCUCUGAAACUGUAUGCUCGUGGUGGACGGCUUCCAGUUCUUGGAUCUGAUUUCAAGAACUUCUUACUCUAUACAUCAAACGCACCAUCAGAUGCACUGAGUUCAAAUGAAGUAAUAGGGUUAUCUGGUGAGAGGAACUUUGUCCUGUCCAAGAAGAUGACGACUAAUCUAUCAAUAGCCAAAAGUAGGACUGAUACGAUCGCUCAUGUUCAGGCAGAGAGUCGUAGUUGGAAAUCGUGGCUCCAUAGUCUCAAUAAGUCAUGCAAGAUUAUAUCACAUUGAUGUAACUGCUUGAAAGCUAUGAAAUGUUUUUCAUGGUAAAUAAAAAACAAAAGCGGAAUGAAAUG